AUGAGAACAGUAAUCAUUUUCUGGGCUGCGGUCGGGUUGGGUCCGUUUUUUCUGCAACUGCGAGGCUUCGCAAAGUUUUCGACGCCGCACAAGAUUACAGAAAGCCUGAUCACUCCGGUGGACGCGAUGAUGGAGACGUCAGAUCUGUUCAAGGUUUGUCCAGUCACGUCCAUGUUUUUCGCCGGAGCCCGGUGGAACGCUUGCCCAACUCACUACUUCCGGCUGGAGGAUCGAAUACUGUGUCAUAUCGUCGUCCCGCAGUACAACGCUCACGGGGGCUACUUUAUCGUAAAUCGCACUACUAUUCCGCACGAAAACUCGCCGUCAAGCUGCGAUGAUAACAGAUUCCCACUCAAUGGCAAUUUUUACCACGUCAGUAUCGGAUUCUACUCGAUCUACGCCGAAAUGUCGGGGACAUUCUGUUCUUCCGACGACACGGCAUACCUAACUGUGAGCGGAGUGGGUACGUACGACAUUAACGGUCUCCAACUUGCUGACGACAGGGGCAGUGGGGGAUACAGGAUGUCGUACUGGAACAUCUUUACUGGAACAUCCUUCACCCUCGUCAGGAUCUUCACACAACGACGAAGCUUCGUCUCCUGUAGGAGAUUUGCCAAACGCUGCGACCAAAUGUCUGAG